UCGCACGCAGUUCCGCACAGGAUCAUCCCCGCAAGGUUGCGGCAGUUUUGCAGCAGAACAUUCAUUGUGAUUAUUUGCCCAAACAGGACGACGCAAGAAAAUCGCGGGAUAUUUUCCAGGUUCACAUGGUAACGACCUUGGGGGAAAUAUAGCUAAUCAAAUAGUCUUGUAUCUAAAAAUCAACUGCAAGCGUUCCUUGAAAACUGGCCGUUGAACCUAAAGCUCGUAGAGGCAUGUCGCACAGAAGAAGUCGGAGUGGUACGCCACCCUCGUACACCACCAACAGCAAUGACCCUCGUGACCUGGAGCGAAGGAUUUUUGUUGGAAAUUUGCCCACGGCGCACAUGGCGAAGAAGGACAUGGAGGAUCUGUUCAGGCCAUAUGGGAAAAUACAGGCUUUGUCCCUGUUUCGUGGGUACGGAUUUGUGCAGUUUGAGCGAGUGGAGGAUGCCGAGGCUGCUAAAGCCGGACAUAACGGUCGAAUUUAUAGAGGUUAUAAACUAGAUGUAAAUAUGGCAGCGGAGAGACAGCGACAGAAUAAAUCCAGGUCAAGCCCUCCACGCAGGCCAUCCAGCGCUUACGGGGACAGUCGAGAGUCCCGUGCUCGUUCUCGGUCCCCGGCGCAUGGGCGAGAUUCUCGAGACCACCGUGAGAGUCGAGAGAUGAGGGGGGAUAGUCGUGAGGCACGUCCCGGUCCACCUCGUGAUCAUGAAGCUCGAGCCCCCCCAGCCGAAGACCGAUACAGGGCGUCAGAGACCAGGGAGAAAGACCCUUCCUACAGAGAGGAAGGUUAUGAUCGUUAUUACCGUGGUGGUGCAGAUUACGAAUAUUAUCGGAAGAAAGAGGAGCCGUACCCAGAGCGCUUCAGAGAACCCUGGAAUGGCAGAAGAGAGUCAGAGGAUGAGCGAGUGCGUCCCGAAGAGCGCCGUAGGAACGAACUUUACCGUCAAUAUUAUGAAGAGCUGCAGAGGCGCAUUGAUGCUGAGAGACCAGUGGAUUGCUCCGUCAUAGUCGUCAACAAGCUGCAAAAGGAAUAUGCUGAGACGGUGGGCAGGAAGGUUCGGGAUCUGGGUAUGGUUGUGGAUCUCAUCUUCCUGAAUACUGAAGUAUCCUUGACCCAAGCUCUGGAGGAUGUAAGUCGGGCUCGUACACCCUUUGCCAUUAUAAUCACCCAGCAGCACCAAGUACAUCGUUCCUGUACUGUCAACAUCCUCUUUGGGACCCCGCAAGAGCACAGGAACAUGCCCAUCCAGGAUGCCAUGGUGCUGGUGGCCCACAACUUUGAAUCCUUUAAAGUUGAACACCGCACUAAAGAAAGGGAUGAGAUUGCGAGGAAGGCGGCCAAGAUGGCGGAUGAUGUGCUGAUGAGAGAACAUGAGAGAGAGGGCCAUCCCGUCUCCCUUCUGACCCCCAUCACACUGCUGUCGGAGGGCCGGUUUAUGACUUCAGAUGAGAUGGCCAGGCUAAUUGAAUAUCUGAGAGACAAACGCGAUCGUCUUGUCAGAAGCGGUGCUGAUGCAGGUUCACACCCUCCUCCUGCGGCCCUCGAACCUCAGACGACACAGGCUUUAUCGGCGCCAGCUCAACCCACGUACUCCAGCCUGACCCUCCAUUCCACCCAUCUGACCUCUGCAUCGGCCCCGGCCCCCACCGCCACCAGCCAACAGCAAGAGCUCCAGGCUAAAAUCCUAAGCAUCUUUAACAGCGGCGCGUCUUCAGUGUCCAGCCCGGCUCAGCCUCCCCAAACACAGGGUUACGCCUCCAGCCUCGGCCCUCAGAGCGUCGGCCUCCAGUCUUCUCACGGUGCCGCCGGCAUACCCAAAAUAGCUGCUGUCCAGCCUCAGAGCAUGAUGAACCCUCGGCCGUCUCUAAGGCCCCCUGGUGCUCGUAUGCCGGGGCCGACGGGCCCUCCGAGACCGGCUGUCACCGCAGGCACUGGGAUCAACUUCGACAACCCCAGCGUGCAGAAGGCCCUGGAUACGCUCAUCCAGAGCGGCCCCAUUAACCACUUGGUGAAUAUGGGAUCUGCGGGUCAAGGGCAGCGGCCGUCGCAGGGAAUGGGCCAGAGCAUGGAGCCGUCGCCCAUGUCACAUUAUUCCCGCCAUUACUGAAAUUAUUCAAUUUGAUAAGAAUCGAGAAGUCGGCGUUGCUCUGAAUCAUCGUAAAUUAUUCUUAUUUUUGGUUCCUGUGUCAUUUGUGAUUAAAAAAAGAAAAA